UUGGGCUGUUUAGGGUGUGCAUACGAUUCAAGAUGUUUGUUCUCGUCCAAGCUCUCGUGGUGUUGUCAGUGUUCGCAGUGUUGGCAGAGCCGACCUUCCACCACCGACGACCUCGCUGCCAACCAAGGGUCAAAUACAUCACCCUAUACGAGACCUUUUACCAACAGGUUCCGGUGUACGAGACUGUGUACAAGGAUAACUACAUUCCCACAACCUUCUACGAUACACAGUACCACACUGAGUACGACACACAGUACUAUGCCCAGUACGUCCCCAAGUACAUCACGGAGACUGUGUACAAAACAGACGUGCAGUACAUCACCCAAGAUAAAUACCACACCGUUUACAAGACCCAGUAUGUCACCAACCCGGUUUACUUGCCCAAAUACGUCACAGAAACCGAAUACAAGACCAAGUAUGUGACUCAGCCCCAGUACAAUACCAUCUACAAUACCGAAUUCGUGCCCAAGUACCUGACGGAGACCCAGGUGAAGUACCAGACCCAGUACCAGACCCAGUUCGUGCCGCAGUACAUCACGGUCACCGAGACCAAACAGCACUACAAGACCUAUUGCCCGGAGUCGUCCUACGGGUCUUAAGCAUCCCUCCAAAUUUUUCCUCUUUUUUUUUGUGUAUUUUUAGAGUUUUCAUUUCUAUUCUCAUUUCCGGAAAAAAUAUCAACGAACAAGUAUACAGUGGUAAUGUGUUGGAUCAAUUGUUUGAUAUUCUUGAUAUUUUUAGAUGAUAACAGAUUGUUGAAAUACUUUAUACGUUGCUUCUUUGUACACCUUUUCUUUUCAUAAAUAAAGGAGUGAAAAAU